CAGCAGUGCAAUGUGUCUACUGGGCAGGUUUUAGUCUCCCAAAUUAGCUUCGUUAUUUGAUACAUAAGGCUUUUUUGGGAUCACAUGUUAUUCGCAGCUUGACUACUGGAGUUAGGACACUGUUGUUUUCAGAAAUGUUUUCACACACCUUUCUGCUGCUGGUGGUCGCUUGUGUCAAGCUCUCGUGCCAGCACCACUCAGAGGAUGAACUUCUCACAGAAGAAGAGGAGCGGUUUUGCAAAAAAGGUUUAACGUUAAGUUAUCCAGAUGUGGACAUUCGUUCCUGCAUGGUCAUCCCUCAAGAGUUCAGAGAGAAGCUUAGUCAAGAAUGGGGACCUCCAAAGGUUUCGAUGGCCGAAGCUGACACGGAAAUAAAAUAUACAUUGAUAAUGGUGGACCCUGAUGCCCCCAGCCAUGCUAACCCCACUCGAGCCCACUGGAGGCACUGGCUGCUGACUGAUAUACAGGGAAGUGCUCUCACAGCAGGAGACAUUAAAGGCACUUUGCUAUCAGCAUACACUCGUCCCACACCUCCUAAGAGUAGCGGCUUUCACCGUUACCAGUUCCUUGUGUACGAGCAGGGAAAAGACCAGGUGCUGUCUCUUAGCGAAGAGGAACAGAGCUCACUGGGAAACUGGGAUCCUCAAGCGUUCGUGGAGAAGUUCGGACUCGUCGGUCCGGUCGCAUCGGUCCAGUUCCUUACUCAGAACUUUAAGGAUUAGAUGACGUCACGAACACUUGAAUCAUCACUUACACCUUAUGCAACUAUUCAACAAUCAGGGAAGCUCAUUAAAACUACAAAUUACGCUUGUAAUCCUCUCAGAUUACUGCAGGUAGGGCUGCUGCACACUUUACUGUCUAGACGAUUGAAUGGAUUUUUGGAAUAGGGAUUUAUUAUUUGAUGAAUGAUCAGAACUGUAUUUUAUGAUAGUUUAAUUAGCUAUAAAAUCUAAACCUUUAACGCUGUAUCGUAAAAGCAUGUUGGUUCUGGGUCGCUUCCUUUGUGAGCGGGAUGAGUAAUAAAAAUAAUUGUGGAAACUACAUAACCGCGAAAUGUA